AUGGCUUCAGGAGUUAAGACUAUUUGGAAUUUCUCUUUAGAAGACGAAAAUACCAAGGUAGAAGUAGAUGGCUACUCUAUAAAAGUAAAUGAUGAAAAGGUACGAUUUAGAUUUGAUAGGCGAGAAGGAUCUUUAUCAUUUGAUCAUAGAGGUCACCAAUUCAAAGUUGGAACUGGUCCAGAUGUAUUCCUCGGUUUCAAUCUUCAAUUAUACAUGGAUAAUCACAACAUUUUAAAUGGUAAACCUUAUGCUCCACCUAGAGUUGGCAUUUUUAUUACAAUAAGAUUACUUGGUAUUUGUAUUCGUAACAUACUAUGGGUUUUUAUUGGUAUCUUUUAUAUCCUUCUAUAUGUUCCAUAUUUACUUUAUAAGCUGGUAAUAUUCCUUAUCUUUAGAAGAAGAAUAAUCACAAUUAGCCAAAUCUCACCACCACGAUCACACUCUGGAGAAAAAAUUAACUCAGAAAAUGAUUCCUCUGAAACUACUCCAAUCUUAACACAAAUUGUUAUUCAACCUCAAACAACCGAUCCACAACAAUCACAAGAUAAUUUAAAAAUUAUAAAUAUAACAAAACAAAUCUUCGGAUUUUUAACAUUAAAGCAAACUUGGUAUUUGUAUUAA